GGGGCCGGAGCGCCCGGUGGCCGGGCGAGGCGGAAUCCGCGGGACGUUAUGCAACCAAGUACGGCCGGGGGUACUACGGACCGAGGGUCGAGAAACAGCGGUAGCAUAGAUCCGCCGGAAGGUGGGGGGCUCCAAGACCUCGUCCUCGUCGCCGACCGAGUGACUAGAGAGAGAGAGAGAGAGGGAGAGAGAGAAUUCAGCGACCCUUCGCCUCGUCGCGGAUUGGCGUGAUCAAGUGGUGAAAACUGCUCGUCCCGACCAGCGAGCGGGAUCGGGAUCGGGAUCGGGAGCAGGAACAGGAACAGGGGGUGGGGUUGGGGUGGAGUGGGGUGGGGUGGGGGGCAGUGCGCGGAGAGCGAGAUUCGACUGACGCGAGACCGGCGUGCUGCGGAUCGUUUUUACGGAUCGCGAUUGGGGAGAGAAUCACUAGCAGACGAGAUCAGCAGCGCGAGAGAGAGAUCGCACAUUAGGAUGAUGAUCCCGAUCAAUCCAGGUGUUCAUGUGUACCUCGACUCGCGGUUUCCUUCCAGAAACCGAUCCGAGGCCAACUCCAGGCCCAUGCUGCGAAUCUCUUGAUUCUCUCGAACAGUUUCUGCUUCGGGACUUUCAGUUUUCGAGUUUCGAAGGUCUGAGAUCCGGAGACGAUUACUCCCACCAAAAAUUGCUUUCCCGGAAUUCAGAUCUUCAUCAUAGCUUACGAUGACUGCCUCGGCUCGCAAUUGGCGACGAAAUUGGCUUGCGUCGGAGACCAUUAACGUACAAGAAUGUCGUAGAUCACCGCAACGAAUGAUGUUGUGUGUCUUUUGGAAGUGGCCCGUGGACAUGUCUCCACGUUGGGCUUCGAAAGCGUGAGACAGUUCCAAGGGGGAACCGCAGUGCCCGUUCCGCCCGGACAGAUCUGGUGACCAUUGAGGGCACAAUCAUUUCGGCGAACCCUUGGACGAUCACCGAGUUUCACACAAUGAAUCUUUCCACUCACGUGCAUGAAGUGCAUGAAGGGCUCGAUGGCUUUUCCUGAACCUUCGAGAAGUGCACGCUCGGAUUUUUCGUCGAAGAAUUCUUGCUCUUCAGGUCACCACGAUAUAAACCCCGACAGUGUCACAGUUUUUCACCACAAUCUGAUAUGGAAUCCACGAAGGACGUCGAGAGUAUUGCUGGACUCGAAGUGCCGCAGUCUGAAGGUAACUCCAGCCACUCCAUGACGGCUGAAGCGAAUUCUCCAGCACCACAACAACCCACGGCAGAUCUCCAAGGCGGCGACCAUGCAACCCCAGCCCCAGCCCCAGCACCAGCAACAGACCUGGUGAACGAGGGCAAUCCCCAAUCUGGAAUCACGUUAGGAGAGAGAUGGAAGAGGAUAAGGGCGAAGCUCUUCCGCAGACGAGCAGCAACACAUUUGAAACCUGCUGUCGUAAACCCUCAAGUGCCAUUCUACAAACUCUUCAUGUUCGCCGACUGGUGGGAUUACCUGUUGAUUGUUCUGGGCACGAUCGGAGCGUGUGUGCAUGGAGUUUCAGUGCCCAUAUUUUUCCUCUUUUUUGGAGCCCUGAUCGACGCCUUUGGAGCAAAUUACGCCAAUCCACAAAAAAUGGGGCAGGAAGUCAGCAAGUACGCCUUGUAUUUGUUUUACCUCGGCUGCGUAGUUUUGGGCGCUUCCUGGCUGGAGAUUUCAAGCUGGAUACAAGCUGGCGAGAGACAAAGCUCACGCAUGAGAACGAAAUUUCUGAAAGCAGUUCUGAGUCAAGAGAUCGCUUUUUUUGAUCCCGAUGGAACAACGAGCGCCAUAGUCAAUCGCAUCUCCACAGACACUGCCUUUGUGCAAGACGCGAUCAGCGAAAAGGCGGGAAACUACAUCCAUUUCAUGGCGAAAUUCAUCGCUGGUUUCGUGGUGGCUUUCUGCUCGGUCUGGCAGCUCUCUCUCACAACUCUGGCCGUCGUUCCAGCCAUAGUGCUAGCAGGUGCAGCCUACGCUCUGACUAUGAUUGGUCACGAAACGAAAAGUCUAGCAGCGUAUGAAGAAGCUGGCAAGGUGGCUCAACAGGUGGUAGCUCAAGUGCGUACGGUGUAUUCUUUUGGGGGAGAAGCCAAGGCUGUACAAGAAUAUGCCAAAGCGCUACAAACUACGUUGAGGCUGGGCAAGCAAGGGGGUUUUGCCAAAGGACUGGGGCUGGGAGUGACUUACGGACUGACCGUGGGCGCAUGGGCUCUCCUCCUCUGGUAUUCCGGAAUUCUCGUUCGAGCGGGAACUACAAAUGGAGGCAAAGCGUUUACCACCAUCCUCAACGUGAUUGUUGGCGGGAUUGCUCUCGGACAAGCUGCUCCAAAUCUGGCGUCCUUCUCGCGUGGAAAGUCAGCCGCUCACAAUAUUCUGGAGAUGAUUAACCGAAAGCCUGCAAUCGAUCAGACGACGGGGAGAAAGCUGACCAGCGUAAAUGGCCAGAUUGAAUUCCAGGAAGUUUGUUUCAGUUAUCCAUCGCGAGCCGAAGUGGUUGUACUUCAGGACUUUAAUCUCAUAAUUCCGCCAGGUAGAACUGUGGCGCUUGUCGGAAGCAGCGGUUCUGGUAAAAGCACCAUCGUUGGCCUGAUCGAGCGGUUUUACGAGCCCACUUCAGGAAAAGUUCUGUUGGACGGGCGGAAUAUCCAGCGUCUGCACCUGAAGUGGUUAAGACAGCAGAUGGGCCUCGUGAACCAGGAACCUGCUCUAUUUGCCACCAGCAUUUGGGAGAAUCUUCUAUAUGGCAAGGGGACUGCCAGCAAGGAAGAAGUUCUGGCUGCUACAACAGCUGCAAAUGCACACAGCUUCAUCAGCCAGUUGCCAUCGGGCUAUGAUACGCAGGUGGGGGAGAGAGGUGUGCAACUCUCCGGAGGCCAAAGGCAGAGGAUAGCAAUCGCUCGAGCCAUGUUAAAGGACCCGAAGAUCUUACUCUUAGACGAGGCUACUAGUGCUUUAGACCCUGGUUCCCAGCAAAUUGUGCAAGAAGCUAUAGAUCGGUUGAUGGUUGGCCGGACAACUGUGGUGGUAACCCAUCAACUAGCAGCAGUCCGGAAAGCGGAUAUCAUCGGGGUCAUGCACAACGGGACCUUGAUUGAGAUCGGCACUCACGAAGAGUUGUUAGAAUUGGGCGAAAGAGGUACCUACGCAGGGUUGGUGAGGUUACAAGAGGCAGGCUACUACGCACAAGGAGGGAGUCUAGUUCCAGGAUUCAAACAGCACUUGAAAGUUGGGGAGGAGAUUUUGUCUGCUCCUGCGAAGGAGUCCAAGAGAGGUCCUAUCAAAGGACUUGCGGAAGGAGUAUCAGAGCUCCGAGAGUCUGACACCCCGUGCAACGAAGGGCCCGUUCUAUGGCGACUGCUGAAGUUGAACUCCUCCGAAUGGCACUACGGCCUGCUGGGCACGAUCGGAGCAAUCAUCGCCGGUUGCGAAUUUCCCUUGGUUGCGCUGACGAUCGGCCAGGUUCUGACGAGCUUCUACAAUCCUGACAAAAACUACAUGGAACGCGAGGUGCGGAAGUAUACCUUGAUGUUCACCGCGGCCAUCGUGGUCGUCAUCAUGGGCCACCUGCUUCAACAUUUCUACUUCGCUGCCAUGGGCGAGACCCUCACCGCGCGCGUUCGAAAAAUGAUGUUUUCAGGUAUCCUACGGAACGAGAUGGGCUGGUACGACAGAGAGGAGAGCAACAGCAAUGUCCUGGCGCUGUCUCUCGCAACCGAUGCAACAUCGGUGCGGGCGGCCAUUGCCGACCGGAUCUGCAUCGUCGUGCAGAACAUAUCUCUAGUGGCGACGGCGUUCGUGAUCGCAUUCUUUCUGCAAUGGCGAGUGGCUUGCGUCAUGUUCGCCACGUUCCCUCUGCUGAUCGCAUCUCUGGUGGGCGAGAACUUUUUCUUGAGGGGAUUCAGUGGGGACUUGACCAAGGCGUAUGCGAGAGCGAGCGCAACCGUAGGUGAGGCAGUCGGUAACAUCCACACUGUGGCGGCCUUCUGUGCAGAGGACAAGGUCGUCGAUCUGUUCAACAGAGAGCUCAAAGUGCCGCAGAGAAACGCCACCCUCCGAGCUCACAUCGCAGGCGUCGGCUAUGGGCUGUCGCAAUUCUUCAUGUACGGCUCGUACGCAGUGGCCCUCUGGUACGCCUCGUCGCUCGUCAUGAAGCGCGAGGCCACGUUCGGCGACUCGAUCAAGAUCAUCAUGGUGCUGAUCUUCGCCGCCUUCGGAGUGGCCGAAACCAUCGCCAUGGCGCCGGACUUCGUCAAAGGCGACCAGGCCCUUCUCUCGGUCUUCAAGAUCCUCGAUCGCAAGACGGAGAUCGACCCCGACGAUCCGAAAUCCGAGAAGCUCACCGAAGUGCAAGGCGAGAUCGAAUUCCACAGCGUGGCCUUCAAUUACCCGAUGCGGCCGACGGUGUCUGUCUUCAAGGACUUGAGCCUGAGAGUGCGUGCAGGCACGAGCUUGGCAUUGGUCGGAGAGAGCGGAUCCGGCAAGAGCUCGGUGAUCGCGCUGAUCCAGCGAUUCUACAAUCCCAUCUCCGGAACCAUUUGCAUCGAUGGCAAGGACGUGAUGAGGCUGAAUGUCCGAUCGCUGCGGCAGCACAUCGGCGUGGUGCAGCAGGAGCCUGCGCUCUUCGCCACCAGCAUCCACGACAACAUUCUGUACGGGAAGGAGAGCGCAUCGGAGAGCGAGGUCGUCGAGGCAGCGAAGACGGCCAACGCGCACAACUUCGUGAGCGCAUUGCCGCAGGGCUAUGAGACAUCGGUCGGGGACAGAGGAAUCAAGCUCUCGGGAGGGCAGAAACAGCGAGUGGCCAUCGCCAGGGCGGUGAUCCGAAGCCCUGCGAUCCUGCUGCUCGACGAGGCGACGAGUGCGCUCGAUGCGGAGUCGGAGAAACUCGUGCAACAAGCGCUCGAUCGGAUCAUGAAAGGCCGCACGACCGUCAUCAUCGCGCACCGAUUGUCGACCAUUCGCAACGCCGACAGGAUCGCCAUGAUGCGAAACGGCCACAUUCUCGAACUCGGCACGCACGACGACCUCAUGGGCCUCGACGGCGCGUACGCUCGAUUCGUCCACAUGCAGCAGUUCCGAUGCCCUGCUUCGCUGUCGUUCACUCUCGACAGCGAUCCCGCGCUCUUGAACUAGAAUUUCUCCGCAAAUUCCGAUGUAUCUCGGCGAAAUAUCUUCAUUUCUGACUGUCGACGAUCGAUUCAUGCUCUCGCGUCGACAUGAACAAGAAGGUAGUCAGUCAAUCAGUCAGUCAGUCUCGUUCACGCCCACAAUUUGGUCGUGGAGGAGUAAACUCGGGAAUUUCAACCUCACCUCCCGAUUCCGAGGUGAGCUCGUACUGGCGCUAAUUAAAAUCCUGUCCUUCUCUGUCGGGCAAUCACUUCGUGUAAAUAAAAUUUCGGCCACCCGGAGUAUCAUCUCUCUUGGAAUUCGAGAAGAAGAUGGCAAGCAUAACCUGCGAAGAAUUGGAGGGAACUGCGGAGGAGAGCCAAGACGUAACCUGAAGAUCGGACUGCUGGCCUGCCUCAAAAUAUUUGGCUCGCCGUAAUUUGGAACGAUGGAUGCUCUGCCCGAAAGAACAGAAGGAAUUGAUUGAGGACAUAAUUUCACCGUCGUGCGAAUUGAGGUUCAGAAGAGCCAAUUGAUCGACCCAAUUCUCUGAUCUGCUUCGCGCCAACAUCCAUCGAACGAUCGAUCGAUCUUCAGGAAAGACGUCUCCAUUCUUUGCUCCAAUUCGAGUACAGCCUCGAGUGAAAUCAGACUCACUCGUUGAAUGCGAAGCGCCGAAUUCGAGCAGAUUUAGCGCCGAGGGCAGUUAUGCAAGCGAAGGAACUGUAGCCGUUGCCGGACAAGGGAGUAGAUGGGUGGAUGGAUGGAUACUCGGCGCAGUCGUUGUCAGUAGCGAUUAUUUUCACUUCUCGUUGUUACAAGUCUAAAGAGAUUCCGGAGCCAUAAUGUAGAGGCAGUCUAUGUAUUUGAUCUCUUGUCUUCGAUAUUUCUUCUCUUUCAGAGAGAAGCCCUGUAAAUAAUGAAACCUCUCGAGCUUCUGAUUUUCGCAAC